CAUAUUUUUAGGAAUAUGCAUUCAGAUGCUGCUUUCAUCUGUUUAUGGAUUCUUAUCACAAAUGGUGUGUUUGAUGUUAAAACAGAUGAAGUGAAGUCAGUAUCAGUGCUGGAGGGAGAUUCUGUCUCUCUAAACACUGAUGUUAAAGUACAGAGAGAUGAUCAGAUACGGUGGACGUUUGGACUUCAAAACACUCGAAUAGCUGAAAUCAUUAAAAGAGACCAAAUAAACUUUAUUUUUGUCAGUAAUGAUGGAAGAUUCAGAGACAAACUACUGAUGGACAAUCAAACUGGAUCUCUGACCAUCAGAAACAUCAGAUCUGAACACACUGGACUUUAUGAACUGACUGUCAUCAGUGGAAAAACCUCACUGAAGAGCUUCAGUGUUACUGUGUAUGCUCCUCUUCCCUCUCCUGUCAUCACCAGUAACUCUUCAAACUGUUCUUCAUCAUCUUCAUCAUCAUCAUCAUCUAAACGUUCAUCUGAAAGAUCAUCAUCAGUGUCCAGAUGUUCACUGCUGUGUUCAGCUGUGAAUGUGAGUGCUGUGACUCUCUCCUGGUACAAAGGAAACAGUUUAUUGUCCAGCAUCAGUGUGUCUGAUCUCAGCAUCAGUCUCUCUCUACCUCUGGAGGUGGAAUAUCUGGAGAAAAACACCUACAGCUGUGUGCUCAACAAUCCCAUCAGAAACCAGACCAAACAUCUGGACAUCAGUCAGCUCUGUCACACAUGUGCAGAACCUUACCGUUCCUAUUUCAUACCACAGGCAUUUGCUGUACUGUUGCUGGUGGCCAUAAUUGCAGUUUUGGGUGGGAUUUUGUUUUGGUACAUCAGGAACCGUAACCAAACAACACAAACUGGCAAGUACUGCAACUGCAUAUAUUCAUCUUUGUGUUGGAAAAGUGUUUAUUUUUUAAACCUGAUGGAGAAGAUGGAAUAG